AUGGCAGCACGCAGCAGGCCCCGUGGCGGGCAGAUGAAGGACGAGUACGACGAGGAAAGGUCGCUCUGGAACCAGAUCAAGGGUGAUGCACGCCACAUUGACCAGCUCAUGACACAAGCAGAGACUGUUCGCAAGAAGAUACUGGACCUCGAGGCGUCUCAAAAUGCUCGAUUAGCUCGAGGAGCGCAGCCCUCUGAGAGAAUCGACGAUGAGCUCGAGACCAAUCUUCGUGAGCUCAUCAAACUAGACAACGAGAUGAUUGGCCAUUUGAAAUCAGAGGACGGCGGCAACGACAUCUCCACACAGAUGGGCAUCCUUUCAGCUCUGAGAAGCUCAGACGACACCCCAACAUCGGCAUCGCGCGCCACUAGUGUUGGCAAGUCGCGCGACCGCCAGGGUAAACGCAAAGUCGCCGACAGUCUUGACGACCGCGACAGCAUCGCCGCGGACAGCCCUGGGCCCAGCCCGAAAGUGGUAAUCAGCCAGAAGGACAAGCUGAUUGCGAAAUCGGCCAGCAGCAGGGCAGGAUCGGUUCCCGUGCGCGAAGGAAGCGUCAAAGCCGAGGACGACGACAAUGGUAAGGGUAAGAAGGACAACCCACCGCGCCGCCUCUCCCCCAAAACAGAAGUCCUCUACCGCAACAGCAAACAGCGCGCCAACCAGGAAGGCGAAGGCAUCCUAUGCCGCGUCACCAGCGUCAUCGGCGACGGCAAACAGCGCCGCUACGAGAUCAUCGACGCGGACCCGGAUCCGCCGACGCCGAACCAACCCUACCGCGCCUCCGUCGCGCACCUGGUCCCCAUUCCCUCGUCGUCGGCCAACGUCACGCUGCCCGACUUGCCCAAGAAACGCGUCGUGCUUGCGCUGUACCCCAAUACGACGACGUUCUACAAGGCGGAGGUUGUGGCGAGCUGGGUCGCGGAUCGGGUUAAGAAGGAGAAGGAUGAUAAGGAGGGGGUGGCGGAUGGGAAGGAUAAUCUGGUGCGGCUGAGGUUUGAGGGCGAGGACGAGGCGGAUCGCGAGAUGAGUGUUGAGCGGCGGUAUGUGUUGCCUGAGAAAUGA